AGUAAGGACUCCAAAGCGCUUUACACUACAGUGUAUCAUUCAUCCAUUCACACACACAUUCAUACACUGGUGGGGAUGAGCUACGAUGUAGCCACAGCUGCCCUGGGGCGCACUGACAGAGGCGAGGCUGCCGUGCACAGGCGCCACCGGUCCCUCCGACCACCACCAGCAGGCAAGGAGGGUUAAGUGUCUUGCCCAAGGACACAACAGCCGGGAUCGAACCUGCAACCUUCCGAUUACUGGACAACCCGCUCAACCUGUUGAGCUACUGCUGCCCCAAUAAAGAUAAACACUUUAGUGGAAUUGCCCUUUAACCAAACACUGAAACAGAAGCUAACUUCAGUCUCAUCCAUCCAAUGAAUGGAAUAACUUUUAACGCUUUGGUCAGAGCUAACAAGCUAACUUUUUAUCAAAUAAAAACAGGAUUUAGUAUGAAGCGGCACGGUUGGCCACAACCCUGUGUCAUGUCUGCAGGAGUGAAGUCGGUCCAUAUUGAUGUCGGUAAGGAGGAGGUUCUGGUGGAGUCUGUUCUCACCAGCGUAGAGGUCCAGGCCCUGAUCGAGAGCACCGGGCGCAGAGCUGUGCUGAAGGGCAUCGGGGGAUCAGAGAAAGACCUGGGUGCAGCGGUGGCCAUGUUGUCUGGAGCAGGGUCGAUCCAGGGCGUGGUGCGUUUCCUCCAGCUGUCUGAACACCACUGUGUGAUCGACGGGACCAUCGACGGGUUGGAGCCUGGAGCUCACGGG